AGAUACGUCUUCUAAUUGUCUACCAAGUACCAACCAUCACUCAAGCAUACGGGCGGACUUCUCCAAAUGAGAUUGACCUGAACCAAAACACCGGAGCCAGAAACCCAAAACCCUAGAUGAAAGCCCACAUGAAAAUUUUCCUACCCAGGUAGUUUUCUUCCCCAAUUUCCCAAGAAAAAGCCAAACAGGGAACAGAAAGCUGAAAAAUCGUUGAUGGGUAUGGUCCCAAAUCAGAGGGUCACGAGACUGGGUCAGACCCACGACGAAAUACCCGUGUCCAAUUCCAAUGGAGCUUCUUCUUCAACCGCUACUGCGAAAAAAAGAUGGUACAAUUUGAUGCCACUGUUGGUAGUCCUGGUCGUUGUAGCAGAGAUAGGGUUUUUAGGCCGGCUCGACAUGGCCAAGAACGCUGCGAUGUUGGCUGACUCGUUCUACCAGUUCACGACGUCGUUUUCGUCGGCGGGGGAUUCGGGGACGGAGGAGGAGUUCGGGUCAGGCUUGGUGGGUAUUGAUCGGGGCGCCGAGGCUGGUGGGUGCGAGGAGUGGUUGUUGAGAGAAGACUCUGUGGUGUAUUCUAGGGAUUUUGAGAAGGAACCAGUCUUGGUUAAUGGUGGUGAUCAGGAGUGGAAGUCUUGUGCUGUGGGGUGUAAAUUUCAGUUUAAUGCCAAUCAGAAGCCUGAUGCUACUUUUGGGGUAGCUCAACAACCUGGGACAGCCAAUGUGCUUCGAUCAAUGGAAUCAUCUCACUACUACUCUGAGAAUAACAUUGAUCUUGCAAGACGGAGGGGAUAUAACAUUGUAAUGACAACUAGUCUCUCAUCAGAUGUCCCUGUUGGUUACUUCUCUUGGGCUGAGUAUGAUAUUAUGGCCCCACCUCAAGCAAAGACAGAGAAAGCUCUGGCAGCAGCUUUCAUUUCCAAUUGUGGUGCUCGCAACUUUCGUUUACAAGCUCUUGAAGCACUUGAAAAAGCAAAGGUCUCUAUAGAUUCUUAUGGCAGUUGUCAUCGUAAUCAUGAUGGAAGAGUGGACAAAGUGACAACUCUGAAGCGCUACAAAUUUAGCUUGGCCUUUGAGAAUUCGAACGAGGAGGACUAUGUAACUGAAAAGUUCUUCCAGUCUCUUGUUGCUGGUUGUGUUCCUGUGGUUGUUGGUGCACCAAAUAUUCUAGAUUUUGCUCCUUCUCCGGAUUCAAUCCUACAUAUUAGGGAGCUGAAAGAUGCUGAAUCUGUUGCCAACACCAUGAAAUCCCUUGCUGAAAAUUCUGAUGCAUACAAUCAAUCAUUAAGGUGGAAGUUUGAGGGGCCAUCUGAUUCUUUCAAAGCACUUGUUGAUAUGGCAGCAGUCCACUCAUCAUGCCGCCUAUGCAUUUACCUGGCAACAACGAUCCAUGAGAAAGAAGAACAGACCCCAGCUUUUCUGAAACGUCCAUGCAAGUGUACCAGAGGCUUAGAAACGGUCUACCAUGUAUAUGUAAGGGAAAGGGGCAGAUUUGAGAUGGAGUCCAUCUUCUUGAGGUUGUCAAAUUUGACUCUAGAGGCCUUGGAAUCUGCUGUGCUCUCGAAAUUCAAGGCUUUGAAACACGUACCCAUCUGGAAACCGGAACGACCGGAAAGCAUAAGAGGCGGGAACGAGCUCAAAAUCUACAGAGUAUAUCCUGUUGGCAAGACACAGAGGGAAGCUUUGUAUACCUUCAGAUUUGAAGGGGAUGCUGAAUUCAGAAGUCACAUUGAAAGGAACCCUUGUGCAAAAUUCGAAGUCAUUUUUGUGUAGAUUAUUGUUAAGGCCUUUUGCAUUUUUAAUUUGACAUUUUCCCCCUUAUUUUUGCAAAUGGGACCUUAUUUUGCAGAUUUGCAUGUCUUUUUUAUUCAUCCUAUAAUUUCACACUAGAAUUUGGGGAGAGAUGCGGCUUAUCAGUCUCAAUUAAAGUUUUAGCUCCCAGUUACUUUUUAAGUCCAAA